UCGCUCUUCUUUGCAGAUCAUUAUCGCAAUAUUGCAAACAAGUAUGACUACUUCUACAAAGAAAAUCACCAAGGUUACAUUCCCAUCCUAGUGAAGUGUUUGGACUUAAAGCCAGAGCACGUGGUCGCUGACAUUGGUAGUGGAACGGGUGCCAUUGCAAAAGAUCUCUUUGAAUUAUCAGGGCUUAAUAAUCCUAUUUGGUGUGUAGACCCAAGCGUGGAAAUGCAAGAAGUUGCUCGACAAAAGAAAGGGGUUUACCCGGUUGUGAAAACGGCCGAAGAAUUUUUUGCGAACCCGCAAAUCAGAGAGAGAUUUGACAGAGUGCUAGCUACUAUAAGUGCACAUCAUUUUAUUAAUUCCAAUGCUGUUUACAAGGGAAUACUUCGUAGUCUUCACCCUGGAGGUUUUUAUGUGCAGAUAAACACCCUCAAGAGCAGUCUUCCAUCAUUCAAAGGCGUAAAAAAGCUUAUGAGACAAUGCUUUGAGCGAGAGAAGGAAAUCUCAUCUCCUUUGCUAAGGGAAAUCGGUUUGAAUGCAAACAUUUCCCAUCAAGAGUUCAUCUUUUCCGCGGCUGUGACAAAAUCCAAGUUGUACGAAAAAUAUCGAUGCCGCUUUAUAAGUGUAUUGCAGCAUUUAAGCGAUGAUCAAAUUGAAGAGGGUAUAAGCGAGUUAGACAAUGAACAUUAUCAAAAUGUUAAAGAUGAUGAACUCAUCAACUACGAAUGCACAGUGCUUGUGACAAAAGUUGAGAAAGUAGCUUGA